UAUUUAAUUAUUUUUUUAUUAUUUAUUAAUAUUAUUAUAUAUAUAUACAGUUACAUUUUAUUUUAUGCAAGCCCGCCAUGUGUGACUCUUUGAGCUACGACACCAAGACUAAACAAUAAUUUAUUAGUAUAUAUAUUUGUAUGUUUCUUUUGCACAAGUAAAUCGGUUGCAUAGGCGUGAGAGUUUUGAAGAGAUUUUGGAUGGAGAGUUUUCUAAAGGAGCGAAGGGGAGGGGAGUGCGUUUUGGACUUGAGCCCAAGAUGGACGGUUGGGGGAGGAGUUGAGGACGUGUACGGUGAGGAUCGCGCCUCCGAAGAUCAACUCGUCACUCCCUGGACUGUUUCCGUUUCUAGCGGGUAUAAUUUGCUGAGAGACCCUCAUCACAAUAAGGGGCUUGCCUUUACUGAAAGAGAGAGAGAUGCUCAUUACUUGCGUGGCCUUCUGCCGCCGGCUGUUAUUUCCCAGGAGCUUCAGGAGAAAAAGCUAAUGCAGAGUCUUAGGCAAUAUGAAGUUCCCCUGCACAAAUACAUGGCAAUGAUGGAACUCGAGGAAAGAAAUGAGAGAUUGUUUUACAAGCUUCUAAUCGACAAUGUGGAGGAGCUGCUUCCGGUGGUCUACACACCGACUGUGGGAGAGGCUUGCCAGAAAUAUGGAAGUAUCUUUAGACGGCCUCAGGGUUUAUAUAUAAGUUUAAAGGAGAAGGGAAAAAUUCUUGAGGUUUUGCGCAACUGGCCUGAGAAGUCAAUUCAAGUUAUUGUUGUGACUGAUGGUGAAAGGAUUUUAGGACUCGGGGAUCUUGGCUGCCAGGGUAUGGGAAUACCAGUCGGGAAAUUGGCUCUGUACACUGCCCUAGGAGGUGUCAGGCCUUCUGCUUGUUUGCCGAUAACAAUUGAUGUUGGCACCAACAACGAGAAGCUACUAAAUGAUGAAUUCUACAUUGGGCUCAGACAGAAACGGGCGACUGGAAAGGAAUACUAUGACUUGUUGCAUGAGUUCAUGACUGCCGUGAAACAAAAUUACGGCGAAAAAGUUCUUGUACAGUUUGAGGAUUUUGCGAACCACAAUGCUUUUGAGCUUUUGGCUAAAUAUGGAACCACCCACUUGGUUUUCAAUGAUGAUAUACAGGGGACAGCUUCUGUUGUGCUUGCUGGGCUUGUUGCAUCGCUUAAGUUGCUUGGUGGUACCUUGUCUGAUCACACGUUCUUGUUCCUUGGAGCAGGAGAGGCUGGAACUGGCAUAGCAGAACUUAUAGCCCUUGAAAUGUCAAAGCAGACAAAAGCUCCUCUGGAAGAAGCACGCAAAAAGAUUUGGUUGGUCGACUCCAAGGGCUUAAUUGUAAGUCAUCGUAAGGAAUCACUUCAACACUUCAAGAAACCUUGGGCCCAUGAGUGCGAACUUGUUAACAAUCUCUUAGAUGCUGUCAAGACCAUCAAACCAACUGCAUUGAUCGGAACUUCUGGUGUUGGAAAAACAUUCACAAAAGAGGUGGUGGAGGCUAUGGCCUCCUUAAAUGAGAGACCUCUUAUCAUGGCGUUGUCCAACCCAACCUCACAAUCUGAGUGCACGGCUGAAGAAGCUUAUACUUGGACCGAGGGUCGUGCUAUUUUUGCAAGUGGAAGUCCUUUUGAGCCUGUUGAGUUCAACGGGAAACGUUUUGUACCUGGCCAGGCAAACAAUGCUUAUAUAUUUCCAGGGCUUGGUUUUGGGCUGGUGAUUUCUGGUGCCAUUCGGGUGCAUGAUGACAUGCUCCUCGCUGCAUCGGAGGCUUUGGCUGGUCAAGUAACACAAGAACAUUAUGAUAAGGGGAUGAUUUAUCCUCCAUUUUCUAGUAUAAGAAAGAUUUCAGCACACAUUGCUGCAAAUGUUGCUGCUAAAGCAUAUGAACUAGGUUUGGCAACACGACUCCCUCGACCUGCAGACUUGGUUAAGUAUGCUGAGAGUUGCAUGUACACUCCAAAUUAUAGGAGCUACCGCUGAUUGUAUCUACUGUAAUAUGCAUAUUUUCUUGGUUUGUUUCGAAGCAUGUUUCGGGCCUCUGGCUUGUAUCGGGCUUCAAGUGUGAUGUGAUGUGAUGUGAUGUGAUCUAAAGAGAAUAUCAUGUACUUUUUCCUUUUAUGUUCUAUUAGGACUUUCCUUAAGUUGAAUAGUGAAUUUCCAGAAGUUGAUGAAUUCCACACAUUACUGUAUGAACUCAGUGAUGAUUAUAAUUAAUGAUAUCUCCAUUAUCAGUUCAUGUUUUUAGUUAAGCUUCCUUUAUUCCCAUUCUGUUCUUUCUGUUAUGAGCU